AUGGUGCUGUCGAAUAAGAAGCUGAAGCAGAAGAUUCGAGAAGAUGUGGUUAAAUCUCUAUCGGUCGCGCUAUCCGAAACCAAUCCAGACCCCGUCCCUAACUCGCAACCUCACUCUCUCAAAGAGCUCCUUGAUUCAGCCAGCCACAAGCCCCGAUUGUCGAAGCGAGAGAAACGAAGAAACAGCGAAGACGAACCCAAUGACGGAAUCCGAGAGAAGAAGGAAGUUGAGAAUGUUGGGACAAGCGAGAAAACUAAUCAGAAGAAGAGGAAGAGAGACGACGCCGCUGUGGAAGGCGAGUUAGGCGAUGGAGAUGAAGGAACUAAGGAAGGGGAAACUCCACAGCAGAAGAAGCCGCAGAAGAAAAAGAAGAAGAAGCAGAAGAAGAAACGAAAGGCAAACAAAACGCCAAACAAGGCUGAGGAAGCCAAUGUAGAAGAGAAGGUUAAGGUUGAAGAGGUUCAAGCUGAUACAGAGCCUAAAGAAGAAGAUGGGGUUGUUCCUAGGAAGCUAUACGUUGGUGGAAUCCCUUAUCAGAGCACAGAGGAUGAGAUUCGUAGCUACUUCAGAAGCUGUGGGGUCAUCACAAAAGUUGACUGCAAGAUGCGUCCUGAAGAUGGCGAAUUCAGUGGGAUUGCUUUUAUCACCUUCGAAACUGAAGAUGGGGCUAAACGUGCUUUGGUUUUAGAUAGAGCUGCAAUGGGUGAUCGAUAUUUGACAAUCCAGCAGUACGUGAAAACCACACCUUCGAUUCCCAGAAGAAGAGAAUCUUCUGGCUUCGUUCCAGAAAUGGUGGAUGGUUAUAACAGGGUAUACGUAGGGAACUUAGCCUGGGACACAACCGAGCUUGACAUACGGAAACUCUUCUCUGCCUGCGUAAUAAAGUCAGUGCGGCUGGGGAAAAACAAAGAAACGGGGGAGUUUAAAGGGUAUGCGCAUGUGGAUUUCAAGGAUAGCGUGUAUGUGGCCAUGGCGCUUAAGCUGGAUCAGCAGGUUGUCUGCGGAAGACCUGUCAAGAUUUGCUGUGCUCUUAAAGAGAGACCAGCAGGAGAUCACAGUACUAUUCCUACACCUGAGGAAACGAACAAUGUUGAUUCGUAUAACAUGGAAGAGACUUAUGCUGCUGCUGGUCCUGUGCCUAGUGAAGCCAAUGAUGGGAACUACUUUACAGCCACGGUUGGGAGCGGCAAGAUCAAGAGGAGGGUUUGUUUUGAGUGUGGAGAAAAGGGUCAUCUUUCUACAUCCUGUCCCAAGAAGCUUCAAAAUGCUCCUGAGCAGGCAUACACAAAGCUGGAUCAAGAGACGAGAAGCUAUGAUCCAACUCCGGCUUUAGCUGUGCCUAGUGAAGUUUAUAACGGAAGCUACUUUACAAGCACGAUUAGCAGCAGUAAGGACAAAAGGAGGAUCUGUUUUGAGUGUGGAGAAAAGGGUCAUCUUUCUAUAGCAUGUCCCAAGAAGCUUGGAAAUGCUCAUGAUCAGGCAAACACAAGGCUGCAUCAAGAGACUUUUAAGGAAAGACCAGCUGUGGGAAGCUAUGAUCUUCCAACGAGCGGUGGUGGUGCUGCUGCUACAAAUGAAGCUAAUAGUGGAAGCUUACCAUCCGCUGCUAGCGUUAGUAAGGUCAAAAGCAGGUCCUGUUACGAGUGUGGAGAAAAGGGUCACCUUUCUACAGUUUGUCCCAAGAAGCUUCAAAACGCUAAUCACGCAAACUCUAAGCUGGAUCACCAGACUGUUGAAGCAGGACCGGUUCAGGCAACAAGCUAUGCUUCUGUGAACAAUGGUGCUUCUUACAUGGAUGAGACAUAUGCUGCUACUGAUCCGAUAUCCUCCGUUGCUGCCACAAAUGGAGCUAAUGACGGAAGAUUAGCAUCUGCGGUUAGCAUUGGCAAGAUCAAGAGGAGAAUAUGUCACGAGUGUGGAGUAAAGGGUCAUCUUUCUUCAGCUUGUCCUAAGAAGCAGCAAAAAUAG